AUGAAGCGCACGUGCGGCCAAUCCAAACCUCCCUGUAGAUUUUACUUGAGGUAAAAACGCUUCCCGUGACAGUAUUACCUUGAAUUGUUAAAUUGACAGUACCAUGGCACCCAGACCACUUUAUUGAGCUGACGUGGCCUGGAAAUUUUAAUGUCCUUUAAUAGUAAACAUUCCACUUCCGAAACACUUUAAUUUUAGGGGUGUGAGUGUUUUCUUUUCUGAAAAGUUUUGAUGACUCCCAACUGUCCUGAAUUUGAUGUGACAGUCCUAAUUCUCGGGUCCUGUCCCGCCGUCCCACCUUUGUUCAGCUUUUGGGGAUACCAGGAAACUGUCCCCGACAAUCAUAGCACAGGCGCACCAAUAGACGCACUCACGCAAUGAUUAGGCAUGAGCAGGGUGAAAAGAUCAACCAUAUUUUUAGGGACACAUAUCAUUUUAUCAUAUUUAUCAAAACUCAUGAAAAAGGUGGCCCUGCAGUGUGUAUAAUGCAUAUUCUGUAGGAUUCUUCAUUGCCUAAUUGCUUAAUCUUAUACACAUUGUUCUGAAUUUUACAGGGCUACCCUUUUCAUGCCGUGCCCUGAAAACAUGGUGGAUCUGUUCACCCUGGGCAUGAGGGACCUUCAGGGAGGACUGAAACAGUGGUUCCUGCUGGGCCGGCCCUCAUGAUUGACAGGCAGACUGGCACGCAUUCACACCAGGCUGACCUUGGUGGACCCGCCCCUUUUCCAACAGGUCCGCCAUUUUGUGGCAAAGCUAGUGACAUGAUCGCUUCACUGGCCUUCCCAUCGUUACUUCCCUCCCACUGACAUCCUGAUUCUUUGGCAUCCCAAAUAGGGAGGCAUGCUUACUAAUAACAAAUUAUACACUAAAAUAUAAUUUAUAAGAAAAGCAAUGUAUCUUAUUUACACAGACUGAUUUCUAAACACAUUUAUUGCAGUUUAAAGGGACACUAUAGGCGCCCAGACCAUUUCAUCUCCCUAAAGUGGUCUGGGUACUGUGACCUUGUUCCCUUAAAACAUUGCAGGAUUAAAACUGCCUCCAGUGGCUGUCUACCAGACAAUGCUUCCUGUAGGUUCACAGAGUGUGAAUCCGUGAAAUUACACUUGUGCUCAGCAGGGGUUAAUUCAGACUGACACAUAAUAACAGCAAGUAAUGCAUAACAAAAUAAGGCACAGAAACAUAAUAAUAAAACACAGACUCAGAUGUGUGCUGAAAAGGCUGUGGUCUUUUAUUUAGUUUACAAAUUAUACAAACAUAACUUAUUAACUUAAAAACACGUCAUUUGUAACCAAACAUCUCUGGUCUUUAAACCCCCAGAGAUUUAACACAUAACUCACCAGAGUUCUGCCCUAUUAGCCAGAACUUAAACCAAAUGAUAACAAAACUCAGCUAGUCCACCCCGCUUUAAAUUAGGCAGGUGACGUCAACUCCACACUAAUGCUGCAGCCCACUCCACCAGACCACGGCCUUAUCGAUCAUGCACUGUAAAUUGUUAUUAAAAUAACCCGACAUCAGAUAAAUGAAUACCAUCUCUUAUGAACAAGCCUUCGCACUGCCCCUCAAUGUCGACAUGGCGAAAAGAAAAACCACCAACUGAUGGCAUAAAUUUCUCCAUGGCUUUAUUAAGCUUGCGCCGAACUUUCUCUAACGCUUUAAGCUUAGCAUUGCACAACCAAAUUAACCUUGGGACUAUUUAAGACCAAAUAAUUAGCGAGUCCGGGAACAUUUGCUUAAAAUGAAGCACAUCAUCCUUAAGUUGAAGAGCAAAACUACUGACUUAACCCGGCCCACAUCAUUACCACCAUAAUGAAAAAUAAUAACAUGAGGCCAAGAAAUUUUGCCAAAACAACCUUGUAAAAUGUUAAAAACAGUGUCCCUUAACAGAAGCCUUACACCAACCCAAUAGAUUAGAACAGACUCCUUAUAAAAAAAAAACUCAAGUUCUCGCCAUAUGACCUUUCCACAGCUCUUCUACGUGCCCAGUGGAUGAAAGAAUGGCCUACUAUCCAUAUAAUCACAGGUCUCGUAUCUGAAACAGAAAGAAACAAGUCAGUAAUAAAAUCAUUAAGGUCUAACAUAAAUGUUAAAUCUGCCUGAGGACCAUCGACCAACUUUUUUAAUCACUUCAUUCGAGAGACCAUGUGAUACAGCCUCUGUUACAACACCAAUACGAAACGAAUGAGAAGUAAUCCUCUUAUCAUUAAUACCCAGCCCUUUACAUGAUAACUGAAGAACUUUCCGAAAUUGAAAUUUAGAAAGAGGGACCCCUGACCGGUGUAUCAAAAGACUGCCUUGACCUUUUGGACGAAUAUUUAAAUAAACCCUGACUGCCUUAACUGGGCAUAAUGAAUGAAGUAUAGCUCGUAACUGAACCCAUUGACCUUUCCCUUGCUGGUUAGCUUUCGAUCUUCUUAACAAAAUUCUUAAAAAUUCAUUUUGCAAAUGAAUGUCCUUAACUUGGAUGCCUGAAUGGCAAGACUUGUUAGCAGAAACUAAUUCGCUAAUUCUAAAAACUCAAAAAAAAUGCCAAAAUUAAAGCAGUAGUAAAAAGUCGGGUCACAAAUGCAUCUUUACAACCGGAGCUCAAAUUCUCUACCAAAUCACCCAAUAGUUGAAAAGAGAUAGGGGACCUCUCAUCUCGGACUGGCGGUUUCUUUAUCCAGGCCCCCUUUAACAUUUGCUGAAUAAUGAAUUUCUUAAAAACAGACUUUUCCCUAAUACUUUACGUAAAAAGGAAAUGUCUAAUAGGGCUCUUUUAAAAGAAAACUUACAAUGGCCUGAAUUUCUGUAAUCACAUAUUGAAUUGCAUCCUGUAUAGUGGGAUCAGUAGCGUCCCUAUUUAAAUUAGGCAUAAACUGCUGCCAUUCUUCCCACGCCUUUAGGCAUGCUCCCCAAGUGGUUGUAGAUAACGAUAAACCCAGUAAUUGGCUUAUCUGGGUGAAGUUAGCUCCCGGAUAAGUUCUGGCAACCUCGUUCCAACUUCGUCCGCUAGAGGUGCAAGGUAUCUGAAAGACUUGAAGUCAAAACUGGACAAGGCAUCAACUAUACGAUUACUUUUCCCACUUACAUGCUUUGCUUUACCCAUAUAUUAUUCACCAAACAAAUAAAUAGCAGACAUCUCAGUAAAUCGAUCACCGGGAUACAUUUUGCCCCAAGGGAAUUGAUUUCCCAAACCACCCCUAAAUUGUCACAAUGAAAAGUAAUCCUCCUGUUUGCUAAUUCAGAGCCCCAAACCUCCAGGGAUACAACUAUUGGAAAUAGCUCUAAAAGAGAAAUCAUUCUUGUCCAACCAUACUCAACCCACGACUGGGGCCAACCAGCUGCUUUCCCAUCUACCAUGAAAGUAUAUACCAAAGCCUUGAGACCCAGCUGCAUCCAUGAAAAUAUCCAAUAAUAUUGGUAUAAAAUAUCCAAUAAUGAAAGAAUAUUGACAUAUUCAUCAUUCCAUAUUUUUUCUGUCUGCGCACUGUCCGCGCGGACCUCUGUAUAGACAGUUCACGAGGGCACUGCUGUUGCUGAAUGCCCUUGCGACUAAGGCUAUGCGCGCCGCAACUUGACCCCUAAAUAUCCCCGUGAUGCACAUGUGUUUUUAGUCAAUUGCGUAGGUAGAUUCUGAAAGUCCUCAGGCUUUGGAUGAAGUCGUCCAGCUUGUUAAAAACCUCAUAGAAAAGCACAUUAGGUUCCCCCAUCAGCUGGUGUUGGCAGAGAAGGAGCCCAAGCCAGAUGCAGGCGCUGGAAUCUGAUGAGGAUUUAACUGACGCUGAGUGUACUCACACAGAGCAUGACGACGUCUAGCGUCAGCUAGGUAACCAAAAGUCGCCUAGCAAAUAAAAAGUGCCUCUAGUGUCAAUUAAUUUAUUACAGUUUCUCAGAAAGUGCAAUGAUUUACAUUGCGGGACUAACCAGGGCAGGGACUCUGAGGACAAUGAGCUAAAGUGGUCUGAGUGCCUAUAGCGUCUCUUUAAAGACACAUUACUGUCAGUAAUUUUGUUUGUCUGUUUGUUUGUCUGUUUGUUUGUUUUGCUGUGGAGCUCUGACAAACACUCACAGGAUUGUUUACUAAACAAUUUCCAGUUCUGUUAUUUUCACCUUGAAUUGGAAAUUCACUCUUAGUGUUAUUCACUAUAGUGAGAAUUUUAUUAAGAUAGAAUCUCUCUAUAAUACUCCUAUUUACUUUGUUGGAAUUUCACUGAUAUUCCAACACAGUCAAGAGAUAUAGUCUAGAAGUGUCAGUCCCAUAGAAGAAGAUGGUGGCACCCAUGAUGGAAAGGUUCAGGUAAGUAAAACCUAGCUUUGCCUACCCUUCCCGGCCACCCGGCCCCCACUGGUGAUGUCACCGUGGGAGGUCUUUGCAAAUUCUGCACCAGAUAUAGGCAGUUGGUGACAGAUGGUGACAUUGCCGCCUUAAAGGGACACUAGUCACGUAGACCAUUUCAUCUCAUUGAAGUGGUCGGUGCAAUGUCCCCGUCCCCCUUAGUCCUGCAAUGUAAAACAUGUUUUUGAGUAAGUGCAAUAAUUACAUUGCAGGACUAAGACUGCCUCUAGUGGCUGUCAAUCAGACAGUAAAAUAAUUUAUGAGUUUGAUUUGAAAUAGUGCUCUAUGUAAAUUUAAUUGUAUUUUAAAGUAUUUACCCUGUUUUAUACAUAAUGAAAAGGCAAACACAAAUCCCUGUGGGCUUUAUUCACUAAAUAUUGAAUUGUGGUAAAUUUAUGAAGAAAUUGUUGUGAGGAAAAAAAUACAAUCUCCAACCUGAGCUCUAUAAUAUACUAGUAUUUUGUCUCAGACCAUGUAUUGCCCUUUAAAACUCACAAUUUAGUGAAUAAACACCUUCCCACUGAGCCUUGCCCUAAUCCAAGAUGGCGGCUCACUGCUUCUCUAUGGGCAGGUUCCAUUGGAUGCAGGCGUUGCCAGGCUUGCAGGUCACGUGACGCGAUCUGCCUGCUCACUGUGAGUGCCAGUAAGCUGAGUGAUCUCUUAGAAAGCUGCAGGUAAGUGUACACUGGGGCACCUACUGGGGCAAGGCUUAACACUUUAAACUGACAUUAAACUCCAGCCUUCCAUGUGUUUACUAAGAGAAAUGUCUGCUUUAAAAUAUAUUUAAUGUGAAAAAGUCUUAUUUUUAUAUUUUUUUAAUGUUAAGAAUCCCUUUAAAAAUAAAUACAUACAUAUAUAUAUACAUAUAUUUUUACUGUAUGUGGAUUUAAUGGAAUACAUGUAUUAAUGUUUCUGUUAGUGCAGUUUUCCCAGCUGAUUAUUUAAUAAUUCUGAUAAUAAAUCAUUCUGUGGGUGCCCCCACGUGGGGCAGGGCAGGAGGAAUGAGAAGGUCCAGGGGGGGCAGAUAUUGGGGGUGCAGUUGUGGGUGAGAGGUUGGAUCCCCACCCUGGGGCAGGGCAGGAGGAAUGAGAAGGUCCAGGGGGGGCAGAUAUUGGGGGUGCAGUUGUGGGUGAGAGGUUGGAUCCCCACCCUGGGGCAGGGCAGGAGGAAUGAGAAGGUCCAGGGGGGGGGGCAGAUAUUGGGGGUGCAGUUGUGGGUGAGAGGUUGGAUCCCCACCCUGGGGCAGGGCAGGAGGAAUGAGAAGGUCCGGGGCAGAUAUUGGGGGUGCAGUUGUGGGUGAGAGUUGGAGGGGCAGGGCAGGAGGAAUGAGAAGGUCCAGGGGGCAGAUAUUGGGUGAGAAGGUCCAGGGGGGGCAGAUAUUGGGGGUGCAGUUGUGGGUGAGAGGUUGGAUCCCCACCCUGGGGCAGGGCAGGAGGAAUGAGAAGGUCCGGGGGGGCAGAUAUUGGGGGUGCAGUUGUAGGUGAGAGGUUGGAGGCUGUCUGUAAGGCACUCCUCUGUUACACAAGCAUGAUUUUACAGUUUGCACAAACUGCUCAGAGACUGGGAACUUCUACAAACUAACUGGUUUUAUCCACCCAGCUCUCUGUCUAGUGAAGGCAUUCCAGCUGGUUUGGAGGAUUUGUUUGUCCAAUUUCUGCUUUUUUUAACCUAAAAUGUUCAGUUUUCCAGUGAAUUCCUGUCAGUUCACAGCUGGGUGAAUACCAGAACUCUUGGUUAAAGUUUGCAAGUCUGCUGUUACAUAAACCUUCCAGGAAAUGUGCCUGCUUUAAACAUUAUAUAAAUCACUAUGGUAACCAAGGAAAUGUUCAUUGCUCCAAUUUUAGACAUUUAUACAAAAUCAGCUCUGCUCUUGUGUCUGUUCUGAAGUCACCACAAAUUACAGUAAAAUGUUAAUUAGUUGUUGAUUAUAUUCCUGCAAGCGGAAAGAAAUGUGUUGCAAUGCAUAAUGGGAGCUGUUCUGUCUGUUAUAUGAGCUGGGUGGGGGUAGGACAGUGACCCUCGGAGAGCACAAAAAGGGCUUUAUCCUAAACUAGUAAUGGACCAGGGCCCUGCAGAAUUAAAAUUAAAAUUAUCGAAUUGUAAAAAUUCUCCACUCUCACCAUUUGUCACGCUAGAUGUAAAGGCAGGCAGUCGUGUUUGCAGUUAAAUAGAUGAAAAAUCACUUAAUUCAGUAUAAUAGAGUUUGCAUUAAGAUGAGCCUAUAUGUUGCCUUUUAGAUGUCCCAUAGCCAGGCUUUGGCUCUAGCGGAGUUGGAGAAUUUUUAUAGAGCAAGUCCUGCCAUUUGGAUUUCUAUUUGCUACUAUAACCCUAUGUGUUUGGCAAGGAGAGGGUUAAUAUAUAAGGCACGGUUUGCUUAUAUAAUCCAAGCGUUUAGGAAACUGGUUCUGAGUUCGCUCCUGUGCAUGCUGGAGGAGUUGGGUGUUACAACAGUUACUGUGGGAAUGUUUGCAAAUACUUGGAAGGCGGAUGUCAGAGAAAUGACAGAGGGUAUUAAAGGCACUUGACGUACAGCGGGGUUAGGAAAAAUCAUGGUUUUAUUCACUAAGCUGUUAAUUUUUCUAUUUUGGCUAUGAUUUCUAAUUAAUUUUGAAUUCCUAACAGUUUUUACUUUAGUGAAUAAUCCUAUCAGUUUUUAAUUGUGCAGAGUUCACUGCUUAGUAAAUAAAUCUCGUAGCCUCUACAAGUUGACGUUGGAGUAAGACAAUGUUUUUUUGCCGGCGUUCACGAAAUGAUCCCCUUAGCUCCAUGGAUAGUCCCCCUGGUGUACGGCCCGAGAUAGGUAAUCUAGAGAUUCCUAGAGAGAAAUGCUAACUUCGGCAAACGCCCAAUACCUCAAGACAGCUGUAAAUUGGAGAUAAUUGAUCCAGACAGCAGUCUCAAAGCUCACGGCGUUCCCUUUAAAGGAUUCGACUUACGGCUUUCUGAGUCCUGUAUUCCUAUGAUCACUGCUUUAUCUGUAGGUGGUGAUGGGCGAUUUAGCAGAUAUUUUAAGGAUUGCUUUCUUAUCCCAUGUCCUGCUGUGACAGGAUAACCAUCAACAUUUUGUAACCAUAAAUAGUUUGAAUAGAGACCUUGUCAACGACCGCCUUACCCCAUAACCUCCCCAAGGACAUCUGCUCUCUCUAUGUUAUUGUGCUAGAAGUUUUGUUUUGUUUAAAUCAAAUUUUAUUAUAUUUUCCUCUGUUUAUACAAGAUAUAUAAAUGAACACAGGAACCUGUAUUUAGAGGACAGCCCAUUCAUUGCAUGUCACUGUUUGGAGGGGAACUUUGUAUAUAAUUAUUAUUAUUGCCAUUUAUAUAGUGCCAAUAGAUUCCGUAGCGCUUUACAAUAUUAUGAGAGGGGGGGAUUUAACUAUAAAUAGGACAAUUAGAAAGAAAAUUUACAGAAAUGAUAGGUUGCAGAGGACCCUGCACAAAUGAGCUUACAGUCUAUAGCAGGUGGGGUGUAAAACCUAUUAGGACAGGAAAUAGCAAUCAAAUAAGCUGGGAGUGAAGCAGAGCUGGAGGAGAGAGUGAAGUGCUGCCCUUUAGGAGAGAACAAGAGACAGGUAUGUGAGGUAGAGGUCACUCUGGGAGGUCAAAAGCGUUCCUAUAAGAUGCAAGACUAGGGGAGAGUCUGAUGGCAGUAGCAGGCUAUUCCAUAGGAAGGGAGCCACCAGCGAGAAGUCCUCCAAGCGUGAGUUGGCCGUACGGGUGCGAGCAGCGUACAGGAGAAGGUCACGGGCAGAGCGGAGAGACAGAGAAAGGGCAUACCUAUGGAUCUGUGAAGAGAUAUGAGACUACUGCUUUAUAGGUAUGGGUUAGCACUUUAAAUUGACUCCUAUAGGAUACAGGAAGCCAAUGUAAGGACUGAUAGAGGGGUGAGGUGUGAGAGGACCGACUAAAGAGGAAAAUCAGUCUGGCGGCAGCAUUCAUUACAGAUUAUAGCGGGGCAAUGUGGAGAGGGUUACAGUAGUCCAUGUGGGAAAUUACUAGAGCAUGGACAAGCUCCUUGGUAGCAUCUUGCAUAAGAAAGGGGCAGAUGCGGGCUAUGUUUUUAAGAUGGAAUCUCCAGGAUUUGGCAACAUACCGGUUGUGAGGCUCAAAGGUGAGGCCAGAAUCAAGUAUGAUGCCAAGACAGCAUGCUUGCAAGGAUGGACUUAUGUGGAUAUCACUGACUUGAAGAGAGAGCGAAAGAGGAGGAUCAAUAUUAGGAGGAGGAAAGACAAGGAGCUCAGUUUUAGAGAGAUUGAGUUUUAGAAAGCGGGAGAACAUCCAAUCAGGGAUGGAAGAAAGGCAAGCAGUGACAUGUUGCAGGACGGCAGGGAAGAGGUUCGGGGGGAGAGAUAUAUCUUCGGUGUCCUCAGCGUACAGUUGGUAGUGGAAUCCAAGAGAGGCAGUAUAAAGAGAAAAUACAAGGGGACCAAGGACAUAGCCUUGGGGGACUCCAACCGAGACAGGACGAGGGGAGGCAGCUGUUUCAACAGAGUAACAAGCGCGGAAUCCAGACUGAAGCGGGUCAAGCAGAUAGUUGGAUUUGAGGAAGUCUGUCAAUUUUGCAUACACAACUCUCUCAAGGAUCUUGGAGGCAAAUGGCAGUAGGCAAUAUAGGUGGUUGGAUGUGGAGUUGGGUUCAAGGUUGGGCUUUUUUAGAAUUGGCAUUAUGGUUGCAUGCUUGAUGGGUGAAGGAAAUGUGCCGGAGGAAAGGGAGAGAUUGAAAAUUUUAGUGAGAGGAAGAGCAAGAGAGGGAGACAGAGUGCAGAUGAGAUAUGAGGGAUAGGAUUGAGGGAACAGAUGGUGAGGUGGGAGGACCGGAGCAGAAACCUCUUCCGUUGUAGUUGGUGCAAAUGAGCAUAGAACAGUGGAGUGAGUGGGGUUUGGUGAUGUAUUGGGAGGGAGAGAGAGAUUGAAAGAUUGUAGAAAUCGUCUGUGAAGUGAGUUGCAAAGUUUGAGACGGACAGGGUGGUAGGAGGGGGUGGGGAGCAACAGGGCAAAGGAGAGCAUUAAAAGUGUGAAAUAGGCAUUUGGGUUGGUGGAACUGUGUGCGUAUAAGGUUGUUGAAGUAAUUUACUUUUGCAGAGGAAAGCGCAGCAUAAAUUUAUAGUGGAGGAAGUCGGGUGCAGGUUGAGACUUUCUCCAACAUCGUUUGGCAGUUCUGGAAACAUUUUUGAGAUAUUAAGUCAGCUUGGAGUGCCAGGAUUGUGAUUGGGAACUGUAAUACUGUAAUAUAAUAAGCUGUAAUAAUACACUGAGCUGUAAUAAUACAAUAAGCUGUAAUAAUACACUGAGCUGUAAUAAUACAAUAAGCUGUAAUAAUACACUGAGCUGUAAUAAUACAAUAAGCUGUAGCAGUAUAUUUUGUUGUAGUGUUCAUGGUGCUUAAUCACCACCCUGAGGUCGUGCUCUGCAUCACCAUAAAGACCGUCUCCUCUAGAUACAGCCAAACGUAUAUACAGGGAUUUGAUCAGACUCUGCACCCCGUCCUCUCUAAUUCCACGGCUACACCUGGUGCUAGGUAGAUUUCUAAUCAAAGCUAUAAUCUUAUCUUCUGUUUCUUCUUUCUUUCAUGCAGAAUGCCUUCCUCUUGGCUUCCCGCCGUUGGAUUCACUCUCCUGCCUCACGUGGGAGGAAUAUUGGGGGGACUGAUAACCAGAAGAGAAGUACCAACGUGGUACACCUCACUAGUGAAACCAUCGUGGCGCCCCCCAAACUGGAUGUUUGCACCCGUCUGGACCACUCUGUAUACCUCCAUGGGGUAUGUGUACCAUUUGGGAUACUGCUUAUCAGUGCCCUAGACAAUCCAUCCACAUCUUUAAUACAGGGAAAAUCACACUGCUCCGCAGAUCACACACUAGUUUACCGUCAUGGGAGUGCCUUUGGCUAACGUGUUACAUGUUUCAAGCGGGAACACUACAACAGGCCAGUUUCCCAGACGCUGAAUACAGCAUUAAUAUUGGGAUUCCUUUCUGGCAGUCCGUUCAAACCAAGUCAGUUUAACUAGCAGUAUGAGGCUGCUACAAAAUCUGGCUUACGUCACUUAUGAAGGGGAGGAUAAAGUUGGUAUGCCUUGAAAACAAAGGGGGGGAAAGCAAAAAUCACUGUUUAGUCGACAUACCGAUAAUUAAAACAUGCAUGCAUUUAAAUGUUCAUUUUUAUAACUGAGGGUAUCUAAAAACAGCUUGCAAAAGCUGCAGAUAUCUUGUCUGCAGCCUCCGUAAGCCCCCCACUUCUAAUCCCGCCCAGAUUUGCAUUUAUUUCAUUGGAAUUUUAUUUUAAAACGGCAAAUCUUUUUUCUGCAGCCUUUAGAAACCUUCCCCUUUUAACCACGUCCAAUCUUUCUCUGGGUGUCCAAUCACAGGCUUCCCAAUGCAGCUUAAUGAGAAGUCUUUGCAAGGCAUGUCUUCUGGGCAAUUGCUGCCUCUUGAGUUUAAUUCCACUGAGCUAAACAAACCAGGAAGUAACGGGACCAGUUGAUUGACAGCUAGGAGGGGUGUAACAAGGAUCAUUUAUAAAAGUGACAAUUUUUAUUGAAAUCUGCACUUUUUACAAAAUAAAAAAAAAAACUGGACACGCUAUUCACAUAUAAAGUAUUUCAGCAAACUAAAGUGCUGUCUGGGGCCGGAGGGUUCCUUUAAUACAAUAUAAAAAAUAUUCUACCAACUAGAGAUAUAUCCUUUGCUUCCUGAGUAUGAUUUACAUCUGGGCUUAAUGAGCAGCAAGAGGAGGAAUAAACUGCUGACAUAUCAAAUGCAGAGAGAGAUAAUACAAAUGAGACAAAUCUAAACCUGUCUCACAGGGGUGCCGGUCUAGUACAGAGUGGGGGCCAGGGACAAUAGGUCUCCCCCUCCCCCUGUUGUAUUUUAGGGAGUGUUUACAUUGCCCCUAGGGACACCUCCAAGUGGUCACUUCUUAGAUGGCCUCUGGAGGGGCUUCCUGGCUCAGGGCUGCACAGUAAGCAGCCCUGCCGUUCAGCGUCUCCACGCUCUGCACGGGGACGCUGAAUUUUCCUCAUAGAGAUGCAUUGAUUCAAUGCAUCUACACGAGAAGGUCCUGAUUGGCCAAAACGGCAUUUGGCCUCGACCCCGUGCCGAUUUUAGCCGAUGGGUGGAGGGGGGGGGGGGGUUAACGGGACAGUAGGACCAACUUAGGUCUUUCGGCCUUUUAGUAGAUAGCUCCCUAAUUCUCACGGUAUGAGUAGGAAUUGGAGUUUCAUUCAUUCAAAUGAAAUUCCUCUCCGAACAAAAACUCCCGAAUUGCGUCCUAACACGAAUGGACAAACUGUUCUCAUUCUGUUAGGACGAAAUUUGGUAAUUUCGCCAGCGCUCAAACGCGAACCCGAACGAAGCAGCAGGACGAUGGUGAUAUUGUGGGAAAAUUGCUUUAACUGCAGGAAAUGGAGCGGAAUUUGCUCCUCCCCUGGGUCAAAGCUGGUCAAGCGUAGGAAAAAUACAUAAGACAAAAUAGUCACUACUUUGUCUUAUCUAUUAAAGAAAACUAGAUUAGAUAGGAAGAAGAGAUCCUGAGAGAGAAGAGGAAGCGAUUGGGGAAAGGUAAGUUCAGCAUGCUAGGGCCGCUUUAACCCCUUAAGUACAUUCCGUCAUGAUUCCCUUUUAUUUCUGAAGUUGUGUACUUAAGGGGGAAAUACUGUACUUCGUGCCACGUGAAAAUCUCCACUCGAAUGAAAAGCGAAUGAAGCAGAGAUUUUUUUUGAAUUAUGGCAAAAAGUUUUUUACAAUUUACAGCAGUUCCAUUUAAAAAAAAAUAAUAUAAACACUAUCUGCUGUCACCUGCAUUUAUUUUGAUCGUUGCUAUGUCUAUACAUAUAACAUUGUGUGUAGUGCAAACCUUGGCAGUUUUGUUUUAUAUUCUAAACAUGAAAAUAAAAAUUUAACAAGAAAAAUGAAACUAAUUUCUGAGAGUUCACUCAAUAUACAUUUUACUAGUCAGGAGUUUAUUAUACACAGUGAAAGAGCGAUGUAUCUGGCGUUUCCUGGUGAGGCCGGGUCACUGAGUGUUCGGGGCUUACAGAAUAAUGUUUGCAUGCCCUGGAUUGGCAACCCAGUAAAGUGACAAUAUAUGUAAAAUGUUUGUCUGUUUCGCUCUCUGCUUUGCAGGUACGGAUCGUAUUUGAUCUAUAAAGAACUCGGGGGGUUCACUGAAGAUGCUGUGGUUCCUCUCGGACUCUACGCAGGCCAGCUUGCGCUCAACUGGGCCUGGACCCCCAUCUUCUUUGGUGCCCACAAAAUAGGCUGGGUAUAUGAUGAUUUAUUUACAUUUUUGUUGUGCAGUGACACAUUCGCAGAUUUUCAUAAAAUAGCAGAAUCUGAGACAAUAGCAAAUACGGUAAUAUCUGAAUAUAGAAAAAGAUAAAUUCUGUCAGGUUAGCAUUAAAUAAUAGGCUACACAUUUUAGGUAAUAAAAUAUAGUAAACACAAACGGAGUAUUAUCACACACACAGUAGUUAGCUAGGAUACGUGAGUAAAGUAUUCCCUGGGAGAAAUGGCCACAUAUUAAUUAUUCAAGUAGGCCCUAUACCGAUCAAAUUUCAUUCUUUGCCCUUCGAGGGACGAGCACAGUCCUGCAACUAGGCCAACAACCAGAGGGCCAGUAGGUGUGGGAGUCUCAUAUAAAGUGUGGCUCCAUGAGAUGCUUCGUCAGCUUCAACACAAGUUGCCAGGUAGGUCCCAGGUCCAUGCCUAACUUGGUCGAAUGUUUGAAAAUCGUUUUUAUUUUUUCAGGAAUGGUAAUAGGUUAUACAAAUCAAUACAGACAUAAAUUGUGUCUCGGGCUCGUAUGCCCGAAUAGUAUUUGAAAACCUUUUGAUCCUUUUCGGGUGAAUCAUAACGCAUUACAUCAAACGUUAUUCUUGGCGGUUUUAUGUCUUGUCUGGAUACGCGUUAUUAGCAGUCAGUGAGUGAUAAGUUGUUGGGCUUGGCGUAAUCGAGGGUCUCCGUCUCCCCCCCCUCUCCCGUCCUCAACCUAUAUAGCUUGGUUUGUCCUUCAGUAUUCUCGUGUCCAUCUAGUGUAGUCCAACCCUUGGUCCCCCGUGUCCUGCCAUUGAAUUGGUGGUUCGUGGAUGUGGAUCCUCAGUCAGGUCGUGUAUGUCAGACGUUUUAAUAAUGGACCUCUUCCAAUAACCUCUGGGCUGUUCGCCAGCCUCACUAGCAGUUCUAAGUAUAAGGGUGAGGCCUGGGACGUGUUGCCCUCUCCUUUCAUAUCAUUCAGUCCCUCUAAUGUUCAUGUUUACCUCCAGGGCUGGGAUUGGGUUGGUAGCUUCCGAGAUUGGGAGGUUGUCAUAUAUUCCUCUCCAUUAUGUCUAGUAUGAUCUCUUCUAGGGCCUGUGUCUCACUCAACCUCUUGUAUGUUUGUAGUCUUGGUGUGUAUGUAAGUGUGCAGUUACCUAGGAAUAAGCUUUAGCAUAGCCGGAAGGGGAGAGAGAUUAGAGGCGUUAGGUUUCCAGUUCCAUCCAAGUUCCAAUGCACACAGUGAUCCCAGGGUCCCUGUCCCUGGGUAGUCAUAGUGGGAUAGGGAACGCAGUCCGUUAAUGUCCCUAUGCUCCCCCGCAGGUGUCACCUCCCCCCCGUCUCGUCCACCCUUCUAACGGUUGCGGGAUAUAAAUACAAACCAUGGCUGCCAUCUCUCUGCAUGUUUGUCCCCUCUACCGAGCAAGGAGGCCUGCAUCGCCUCCGCACCCUGAAUGUCCUCUACCCUUUGGAUCCAUUCCUCUUCCCGAGGUAUCUCUGUUUUCUUCCAGUAUGCCAGGAUCAGAGCUUUCGCCGCGUUGAGUAGAUGACGCAUGAUCGACUUUUUAUAGGUCGCUAUCGACAUCUCCGUGAUGUGUAGGAGUGUCAGUGCAGCCGACCAUUCCGGUGUGUAACUUGGUCGAAUGUUUGGGGCCUCCGGAGUCUUGGACCUUGGUGUUUAGGUGCAUUCUCUCCCUAUGCUCACCCUGAAUGUAGGGCACACACAGCCGUAGAGUUGACUGUAAGACAAGUAUCAGUGACUCAUCCUGCAAGGCAUGCUGGCGGGUUUGAAGGCUGGACCAAAAGUCCUCAAACAGCAUGUCCUGAGCCAGGAUAGGGGAGAACUUGUCGCAGGACUCUGCUGAGUGCAUGGUGUCUGCCAUGUUUAAGAAGAUUGGAAUACUGCAGGUUACUAGACGAUGCGAGUGGAUACUGUGACCUAAGCUCUAUGUGCUAGGAUAACCUUUGUGGUUUGGUGUGGGGUGUAUGCUGCUGCUGCUAUCAGCCCUCUCCCUCUCAACCACAUAGUAGGCCUCUUGUAGGCUGCAGGUCCACCCAUGCAAAAUCCUUAAUGUGCGGUCAGAACUGGUUAACUUGAACCCGCAAGGUUGUAGGACAGCUUCAGUUGCAGUAUGACCCCUGAUGCAGGGUAGAUGAUAAUUUAAUAUUAUUCCAUUAAAGUGACCUAGGAACAAGGGUAUUAUAUUGACCUUCUAAAAGCCACAAUUUAAAGAAUUUCAUAGUUUAAAAAUGAACAAGGCUGGCUUCUUAAAGAGACCCUCCACUUUAAUACAAAAUAAUUAAAAUCUCUGUUCAGUAGAUAUGCCCCAAAUAAAAACUUGCAUACAUUUAAUUAUGUAUUUUUUAUUGGAAUCUUAUAUAAAAAAACGCUUUCAAAAACAGCAAAUCUUUUUUUCUGCAGCAUUUACAAACCUUCCUCUUUUAACCCCACCCAGUCUUUCUGAGGCUGUCCAAUCACAGUCUUUCCAAUGCAGCUCAAUGAGAAGUCUUUGCAAGGCAGCUGCUCUGAGCAAUUGCUGCCUCCUGAGUUUAUCUCCACUGAGCUAGACAAACCAGGAAGUGUGAUUAAAAAGCCAUGGGAGUGUAACAAGGUUAAAUUAUAAAAGUGAAAAAAAUAGGACACAUUCUUCACACAGCAAGCUAAAGUGCUUUAGAGAUCCAGUGUCCCUUUAACUUAUAAAUGGCAGAGAAUAGAGCAGUGAGGCCACAGGGGCAUCAUCUGUACACCCAAAUUGCUUGAUUAAGCUAAAGUAGUUUUGGUGACUAUAGUGUCCCUUUUACACGGGGUUUAUAGUCUGACAGUUAAUGUUAUAUCAUUUAUCAAUGCUGGAUUUUCUCUUUGCCCACUGCAUGCCAGUGUUCAUUGGUUUAUGUAUAAAAGUGUUCACAUGUAGUACUGAGAAAGUAUUAAUAUCUGGAAUCUGAAUUUGUAUUUAUUUUCACCUACAGAGCUUGGCUGUGCUGAUUGUCCUCACUGAGACUGCUACCGCCACUGCGAUAUCCUGGUACCCAAUCAACAAGACCGCAGCCUAUCUGAUGGUGCCUUACCUGGGGUGGCUGAUGCUCGCCUCCACCCUUAACUACUGCAUCUGGAGAGAUAACAAGGACAAGUCCGAAUAAGGAACAAUGCUAUUUCAUGCUGCAAUAAGGAUAACCAGCAAUUUUAUACACAAAAUCUAUUUAUAUCGAUGUUAAAAUGUUAACCCUUUAAGCAACAUGCAUUUGUCUCAAAUUUUCUUGUCUUAUGUACCAGUACUAUUGUUAGCGACUGCAUAAUAUGCCAAGUGUCGAUAAACCGUUUUUUAUCUACAAAUACCUAAUUUGGUGUGAUUUGUAUGCUCACAAUGUGUCGGAUAUUUUAAUCCAGCAGUUAAAGUAAACGGAAACAUUUGUGUCAUUAAAGUUAAAAUAAAUGGUAAUGUGUUGGACAUUUGGUUCAGUUUUUAACAAAACGGAUACAAAGGGAAUAUUUCUUUUUUUUUCGUAUACAUUAAAUAUUCAAUUAAAUCCUUUUGGUACAAUUUGGUAACAAACCGUUUUUAUCCUUUCUGUG